GCAUGAAAAUUCGAUAAAUUUUGUGUAGGAUAACUUUAAUUCUUGAGAAUAAACAAUUGGAGAUGCGGAUAAUUAAGUUAAUCGCUAUAUAAUGUUAGGAACCUUAAUAUUUAAGUUUAAUCGAUAUUUAUUCGAUAAAAAUGGUUAAGUAUAUUGGGAGGGGUUAUUAGGCGUUCAAAUCACCCUUGAGGAUAAAUUUGAGAAAUUAAGUUGAGAUUAGGAAACCAAGUGAAAAGACCAAAAGACCUUACAAUUCCAUGCGAAACCAAACGACCCUUAUGACAAAUUCCCAUCACCGCAACUUCGACCAAUUGCAUUUUAACCAAUUCGAUACGCAACCUUUCGUAAACCGCGGCACCACAAAACCACUUGAUCAAAUUCACACUACAUCUCACAACCAUUUCAGCCGACUCUUUCUCUGCACAAACCAAAGUCGAAAUCAACUUCACUCCAAAUACCACUCUACUCUUUCAUUCUUGAUUCACAACAAAACCUCAUUUCUUCCCUGCCUUGACCGAGAGCACCGAGAGAGGGAGAGAGCUGCCGGAAACUUCUUGGAUUCAGCCGUGAGUUGGAGCAAAGCCAGGGAAGGGAAUCUGCCGGAAGCUUCACCAAUUCUACCUUCAUCCACAACCCUUUUCAGCCGCAACUCCAAACCAGAAUCACCAUCUGCACUUGGCCGAGAGCUAGGAAGGAAAUUUCUGGAAUUUCGUGUGAAAGAUUGGUUGCUAGCUGAGGAUAUUGCGAGGAAGCGGAAUUCGAUUCCCAACUUGACAUCUGAACUUCACUCUUGGUUCUGGAAACUGAAAGUUGGAUGCUUACUUAAGUUUUCCUUUUGGAUUGUAUUUGAAUGCUAUAACUUAUUCUGUGGGCUGUAAUGUGUUAUUGAGAUAAUGCACUUUUCUUUUGGGUUGCCACUUGAAACGGGAAAAUGGGUAAACCCUAAUUCGAUUACUUGGCCUGUAAAUUUGUAAUAGAGAUUUAUGUAUUUAUCUACCCGGAUUGGUACGACUUUAUAUUUUGGUACGUAGCACGUGGGAUGUUUAAGAGCCUCGACUGGCUAAUUUAUCUCUGCUAUCUCUGAAGUUAAGUUGGAUGUAAGGAUGAUCUUAUUCGGGAAAA